GUAUAAUUUCAUCCGUGAUACGUGUGGCUUCUCAAAUUGGUGGCCAUGCUGAAGUGCACGAGCCUAGACUAUCCCAAUUAUGCUUCUCAAUAUCCAUUUACCAUUUACGCCGACUGACGUCGAUUCUGUUGAUUGGUCCAAGGACGGUGAACUAGCUAUCGCAGCAGGCGAAUACAUUCAAUUACUGUUACCACGAUAUGGAUCUGGGACUAUAGGUCAGACUCGGCCUGACCCUUCAAGGCGGGAGACUGCCACUACGAGGCCACAUGAAACGCGAGAAGGGUCAGAUGCGCAAUGGGACUCAUUGAUUUUCCGUGCCAACCUCUUCUCAGAAGAUGAAAUUCCAGCUAGAGCGCCUGCCCCUUUUAAAGUCUUUUCUAUUGGAGAAGAGCAAGGCAUAGGCGCAGUAUCGACCUUGAAAUGGUCCAGCCCAGGCAUUGGGCUGCACCGGCGGCCUGUACUUGCUGUGCUCACGACGAAUCAUUUGCUCUCUAUCUGGGAUGGUGCUGCACGAUCGAGAAAAGCAGAACAUUUCAAUCGAGUGAUGAUUUUAAAUGAUGCUGUCCUGGGCCAUUUUGAUCAAGGGCAAAAUGGACAUGACGUACCCAGAGAGCUACAUAAUCUCAAUAAGCUACGGAGGCGAAUUAUGUCGUUUGCUUGGAGCAAGCCUUGCUUUUUGAAGAAAAACGGAGAAAUAAAUGCUCUCGGAGCCACAUGGGGUACAUCUUUGUUUGCUGUUGCGAACGACAACAAUGAAAUGGUGAUUCUCCGCAUCAUUCCUCCGUCCUCGCGCUGCACUGGCGGGCAGUGGAGCACUGAAGCGCUAGGGGACGUGCGAGCUCAAACAUUGAAAGAAGAAGAAUCAGAAUUCUCACUACUGAAAGCCGCUAUGAUUUCUAGAUCAAUUAUAAGCCAAAUAGCUUGGAGUCCUUGGGUAAUUUCUCUCAAGACGGAAGAUGCCAUAUUGGCAUAUAUAUGUGGGAACACAUUGCGGUUGAGAAAGGUCUCCGUAACCUCCCAAGAUGGACAAAAUAAUAGGAUGGAUCUGAAGAUAAAUAGCUCGGAAUUUUGCUUUCAACCUAACCAAGCGUGGGUGACAGAAAACAGUGGCCCCCUAGCAUGGUACGACAAGGUGCAUGACGGAUAUCUGUAUCUCGUUGCGUCCUUCGGACAUCUCCUUUCCAUCAUAUCGAUUCCAGCAGAUAUGACGGGCUUGGGCUACAACACACACGAAGGGCCAGAAAAUGAACUCCUCAUCGAGGACAUCCCAGGGGUGUCCGUCUUUACUUACCAUAUAUUGAAAUAUUCGCAUCUAGAAUUGUCCGGUCAAAAGACUCUACAGCCUUGUUGGGACGAGAUUACAGCGACCGGCGACCUCAUAAUCAGUUUUUCGACGUUCUUGGGUCAUGCCGAAUCGAUUAGACAUGUGACGUCCAGAAAGUCAAACGAGCAGAUUGAGACAUCUGUCCAACCGCUACCGAAGUCCCCAUGGCAGAGAAGAAUUGCAGACUGUCGAGCGAAGUUUGAUACCCGACAUGAUCUUGGCGGACUUUCCGUUGUCAAAGUAUGGGGCCUAUCGUCUUCCCCUGGAGAAGACAGCAUAGCCACUUUGCUCUCAACCCACCCUGGCGACAUGGUCGAGUACGAGAUUGCGUCCUUGGAAAAGUCCACUGCAGUAUUCGGGUCGUGGGAAGAGGUGUUGCAGCAGUCUUUUCUUCAGGUCAUCACUCCAAAAAUAUCUUCCUUGAACUGCAUCGAAUACAGCGCCGAAGCGUUCGCUCUUCAAGCAUCUCGCCAUCUCGAACUUUACGGCGCGGAGAGCGUGGAGCCUCAGAGCUCAUUUAUACACAACGUAAACGAAGUCAAACAAUACUUGGACGAACUCAGCCGCACUGCGGCGCAAAGUGAGCCUGCCGUGACUAUAAUCCCCAGCCACUCUUCAUCACCUCUCAUGACACAAGGAGCGAUUGCGAACAAAUUGCUGUACACCCGAGCUAUCACGGCCCAAAGAUAUUCGAAUCUGCUCAAUAUGGUCGCCUCAUGGAUCCGGGAGCGGUUCCAAACACAAUCUGCGUCACUUGGGUCAAUAGCUACGAACACUUCAACGCUCGAUGAUGCUCAAUCUCAAGCUAUUCUAUCGGAGCUGAUAUCUACUAUCCUGAUUAUUUCAAGAGAUGAUGCCUCUGGAUUACAUGUCGACAGACUUAGCUCCAAGCUACUCUAUGCUGCAUCCUGCGCGGGUCUAUAUUCCUGCCGGUAUACAACACCGCAACUGAUCCAACUUUGCAAAGAUGCAUUCCAAUGGCUUUCAGCAACGCAUGGCGUCAGUCUCGACCAUGAAAUUUCCCAGUGUAGCCAUCUUCAGGAAAUUGGUGGUCAGACAGGCUCGAGGUUCUCGGCUACUCAGAAUACGGAACGGCUUGACCCAGGAUUAGGUGAGGGCAGCGUUAGGUUCAAAGGACGCACGAUUGAUGUAGCCCUUUUCGACCAAAGUCCCGGAGCAAGAAGUAUCUUUGAAACAUGCGAUAUGUGCGGCAAGGGUAUUCCAUGGGAGGAUCCACACUACGGUCGUUGCGAGGGAGGGCACAUUUUUGUCCGCUGCGCUCUUACCCUCCUUACGAUUCAAGCACCGGGUAUUUCCAAAUCAUGCAGCAUAUGCCAAACGCGGUACUUGCGAGACGACUACCUUACUCGUGCCGCCUCUCAGUCUGACCAGGCUUUUACUCAUACGGUAGUUAUUGAUCCGCAACUCGCACGCCCUGCAGAUCAAGCAGACAAUUCUGAACAAGCUCAAUCUGCACAGCGAGGUCCAGAAGGAGUCCAGGGGCAGAGAGAGGACGUUCCGUCGCUCAUUACGGUCCUGCAUUCUACAUGCGAUAUAUGUAUAUACUGCGGUGGUAAAUUCAUGGAUUAGUGGCUCUGGUUGUUUCCGUAUUUUAUAGCUUUACUUCCCACAUAUUCUGCGGGUCUUUAAUGGGUCUACAGCGAAAUAUAUUCCAUAUAAUUUACGGAUUUUAUUGUCUCCGUGACUUAUAUGUUAACUUUUUUUACUUUUUUUACUUUUUUUAUUUCUUAUUUAUUUCCCCUUUUCUUUUCCUUUUUUCCCCCCUCCU